AUGUUGGAAGUUGAUUCGAAAAAUAAUAACAGUGUUAACAGCAUUUCAAAUACAAUCAGGAGAUCAUUUUCUAACGUAGGCUUUGAUAAAUCAAAAAACAAUCAUAAUGAUAACAACAACGACAACAACGAUAAAUCAUCUUUAAAUACCAAUUCUACAUCAAAUACUCUUAAAUUGUCUAAAAAAAAAUCUGGCACAUUAUCACCUUCUAGGAUAAAAUCUAAACAAAGACCUAAAUCAGAACUUUCAAUUAAAAAUAAUAAAAAAACCUCUCAACCAGAUGCACGUGUUGAUGAUACUUUAAACACUAGUUUGGCUGGUGAUCUAAUCUCAUAUUCAAAAUCAAGAUCGAUAAUUACAGGAUCUCACUCACUUUCAACUACGCCGUUUUCAUCACAGUCGUCCCUUAGUUCCCCAUCUACGACAAGUUCAACCACCAGCUCAUCAUCAUCAUCAUUACAAUCUCCGUCCACAUCAAAUGAUACUAAUGAAUGUAUUACUACUUUUUUAGCUGCACCACGCUUAACGCAGCGUGUUAGAUUAAAAUCAGGAAGAGUUGUUAGUUUUUCCGAAGUUGGUGAUAGGAAUGGGUUUCCGGUGUUUGUUUUUCUUGGGAUGGGGUGUGUAAGAUAUUUUAUUGCGUUUUUUGAUGACUUGGCAUCUAGCUAUGGAUUGAGACUAUUAUGUCCUGAUCGACCUGGAGUUGGACUUUCAGAUGAUGUUAAAGAAGAUCAACAACACAUAUUAAAAUGGCCAGAUAUUAUUAAAGAACUUUGUGAGAUUCUUAGUAUUGAUAAAUUUUUUAUAAUGGCACACAGUGCAGGAGCACCAUAUGCACUUGCAUGUGCUAUUAAAAUACCAGAAAAGCUUCAAGGAACUAUUUAUCUUGUUUGUCCAUGGAUCAGUACAACAGUAACGAAUAAUUUCAAGUGGCUUAAAUAUGUACCCACACCUAUAAUGAAAUUUACACAUACAGCGGGCAUUUCCCUACAACAAAUACUUAAUGGUAAACAACCAUACUCAACAAAACCAUCACACCAAAGGAAUUCGGGAGCUUCGGCAUUACCAACUUCAAGCCUUGAGAACAAACAAAAAUUAGGAAUGGCGAUAUUGAAAGCAUCGUUUGCAGAAAAUUUAUCAGGAGCAAAUAAUGAUUUGAUGAUGUGUUUCGAGAGGCGACAUUCGUUUGGAUUCUCAUAUACAGAUAUUGAUCAUCCUGUACAUGUAUUUCAUGGUACAAAAGACGACCGUAUUCCUGUAGCAGCAGUAAAAUGGAUGGAAAAUAAUAUGCCUGAUUGUAAGUUAACAUUGAUAGAAGGCGGAAAGCAUUCGUUGCUUUUACGUGCUGAAAUAGUUGACACAAUAUUUAAAACUAUUGCCAUACAAUUACACGAUAAGGAUAAAUGUAAGGCGUGUAAACUUUCAUCAGGGUGUUGGUUGAUGGAGUAA